UGUGCGGGACACCCGCGAGCUUUCCGUUUGGCUAGCCGGCCAUCCCCACAUCAGAGAGAAAAUGGGCACGGAGGCGGUACCCACUCUGCGCUGCAGGCUCUCGUGCAGGUGUCUCCCCGGACAGCCUCGCUUGGGCAUCACAAGGGUAAAGAGGAGGCUGCAUCAGAAACCUGCGCAUGAGGUGGGCUUUGGCUUAAAGCCGACACUCGGGCCAAGGAACUACAUUUCCCAGAACCACAGGCGUGCCUCCAGGGAGGCCGCGCAUGCUCACUGGAGACCCGAAGCCACGGCUUCCGGCUAGUAGCUGGACCGGGAGGUGAAGACCGGAAGGCAUCUGUGCAAUAAUCUUGGCUCAGGUAUACCACCGAGUUUGCAGUUUUUACUUGGAGUGAAUGUACCCACAGCGGACCUGCAUGAUUUCUUUCUGGGGCUGUCAUGGCUGAAAACACAGACAGAAACCAGAUUGAGAAACUCCAAAAGAGAGUAAAGGAAUUGGAGCAGGAGGUGGAAAGACUUAAAAAAGAACAGGCCAACUCUAUAAAAAAUUUAAGUAUCAGAGAAAAUUCUUUAGGCUCUGGAAAAGCUAAGCGUGCAUUUGAUUUUAGUGCUCAUGGGCGAAGACAUGUUGCCCUAAAAAUAGCCUAUCUAGGCUGGGGAUACCAGGGUUUUGCCAGUCAGGAAAACACAAGCAAUACCAUUGAAGAGAAAUUUUUUGAGGCUUUAACCAAGACCCGACUAGUAGAAAGCAGACAGACCUCUAACUAUCACCGUUGUGGCCGAACAGACAAAGGAGUUAGUGCCUUUGGACAGGUGAUUUCUCUGGACCUACGUUCUCAGUUCCCAAGUGGCAAGAACUCAGAAGAUUCUAAUUUAAAAGAUGAAGCUGCUGAUGUUGCUGAAGAGAUCCGUUAUACCCACAUUCUCAAUCGGGUGCUUCCUGCAGACAUCCGAGUAUUGGCCUGGGCCCCUGUAGAGCCUAGCUUUAGUGCUAGGUUUAGCUGUCUUGAGCGGACUUACCGUUAUUUUUUCCCUCGUGCUGAUUUAGACAUUGUAACCAUGAAUUAUGCGGCUCAGAAAUAUGUUGGUACUCAUGAUUUCAGAAAUUUGUGUAAAAUGGAUGUAGCCAAUGGAGUGAUUAAUUUUCAGAGGACUAUUCUGUCUGCACAAGUGCAACUAGUCCAGAGCCUGGGUGAGGAGAGAAGCCAAGAACCUUUCCAGUUAUGCCAAUUUGAAGUGACUGGCCAGGCAUUCCUGUAUCAUCAGGUUCGGUGUAUGAUGGCUAUCCUCUUCCUGAUUGGCCAAGGAAUGGAGAAGCCAGAGAUUAUUGAUGAACUGCUGAACAUAGAGAAAAAUCCCCAGAAACCUCAAUAUAGCAUGGCUGUUGAAUUUCCUCUAGUCUUGUAUGACUGUAAAUUUGAAAAUAUCAAGUGGAUUUAUGAUCACGAGGUUCAGGAGUUCAAUGUUACCCACCUACAGCAGCUAUGGGCUAAUCAUGCUGUUAAAACUCACAUGCUAUAUAGUAUGCUGCAAGGACUAGACUCUGUUAUGGUAACAUGUAGGGCAGGAACAAAGAUGGAUGAAGCAACAGAAUGGAGAAACAUUAAGCCUUCUGUCAUAAAGCAUACCAGUGCCUUUGUAGAAGGAGUGAAAAUGCGCACAUAUAAGCCCCUCAUGGAUCGUCCUAAAUGCCAGGGACUGGAAUCCCGGAUCCAGCAUUUUGUACGAAGAGGACGCCUUGAGCACCCACAGUUACUCCAUAAGGAAGCAACAAAAGCCAAAAGGGACUGUGCUGACACAGAAGAAAAUACUGUUUUAGAGAAUCCAACCAAGAGAGUCUGUAUAAUAGAUGCAGAAAUUAACAGCAUUGUAUAAUCCCAGGAAGCUAAGAUCUUUACUGGGAUCUAGGGUACAACAAGCUAAAAUUCUAAUGACUGAUUCUUAAAAAGUCCUUACAGCUUCUUAAACAGUAAAGGGUCUAAAUAUUCUCUAAUCCCUGUCCAAAAGAAUUAUGAAGUAAAAGAAGCAAAAAGCACUUGUCACCUAUAUGCUCCUGGAAAUCUGUGUUUUGCAUUUAUAUUCAUUAAAGCCUGGUCUCACAAA